GUAGAUUAUAAAAGCUGUUAAUUUGGAACGAAAAUUCCUGAUCAUCCAGAUUAAGUUCUAUUCGCCGGCGAGGACUGAAAAAUCUUUUCUCUAAAAACUUUUCUCUCCAAAGUACCACCAAAACAUCACAUUCAUAAGUGCUUCAAAAUGUACAGAUUCUUCGCCUCGGAUAUCUUCGAAGUCAAGGGUACAGAGCCUAUAUAUAUCUAUGAUAUUGUACCAGUCGCAGCUGGACUCGCAUCCAUUUCAUCAGAUGAUUGCUUGCGGUUGUUAGAUCCAACGGCUUUGAACGGACAACCACUGAAUACUAUUAAGAAAGUCAAUUCUGAUGUUACAUGUCUGAAGACUAUUGGAAAUGGCGAUAACUCUAUUGUGGUUACGGCUGGAAGGGAUGGAAAAGUGUGUCUGAUUGACCCGAGGACUGCUGGAAAGGUCGGAGAGGUUCAGAGUGACCAAGGCGCUCCAAUUCUGUCUUUAGCAUGCUCAAACACAAACGGCAUCGCUGCUGGAACAGAAUUAACAAACCACCAAGCAACUGUUUCAAUUUGGGACGCAAGAUCUUUAGCUGCUCCAAUCGUACAGUACGUGGAAAGUCACAGUGACGAUGUCACAGAGCUUCAAUUCCACCCAACCCAACAGUCACUUCUAUUGUCUGGUUCUACGGAUGGUCUCGUCAAUAUCUAUAACAUCACCAUCUCAGAAGAGGAAGAAGCCCUCCAUCAGACAAUCAACCAUGGUCAUUCAAUACAUCACGCCAACUUCCUGAGCGAAACCGAUAUCUUUGCUCUUUCACAUGAUGAAAAAUUCUCUAUGUACGAGCUAGUAACAAACCCAGAAGAAGGGGUUGAAGAGCCAGCCCCGGUGGUAUAUGGUGAUAUGAGAGAAAACCUUGGAGGUGAGUAUGUAGCGAAUGUUUUGUGCAGACCAGAUGGAGGAGCUGUAUUGGGGACCGGACGUCAUAGCAAGAGUGAUUUCGACUUGAUACAAUUGAAAAAGGGAAAGCCUUGGGUAUUUGCUCCUGAGACGAAGGUUACACUUGAUGGUGCUCAUGGAUCGGAGAUCGUCAGAUCAUUCUGCUUCCUCGAUUCGCAUAGAGCAGUAUUGACUGCUGGUGAGGAUGGACAAAUCAAAUCAUGGAGCGGUGAAAACUGAUAUCCGGAAACAUAGCAACUACAAGGCACCGGCAUUCAGAAGUUAAAAACGUAAAAACCUAUUAGAUAUUGCUCUUAGUUUUGUUAUGAAUAAAUAAUGUGAUCUGUUUGCCCGACAUAAUAUUUCA